UUUAUCUGGCAAUACUAUAGUAUUCUCAAGAAUGAAACUUGUUAUAAUAAUUCUUAAAAUAUUUUUCUAAAAUUGGAAGCUUAAUCAAUGAUUAUCAAUGGAUAAUUAUUCCACCGUAGAAAAAAUUGGGGAAGGGACCUAUGGCGUAGUGUAUAAAGCAAAAGAUCGGACAACAGGACAAGAAAUCGCAUUAAAGAAAAUUAAACUCGAGAAUGAGCCGGAGGGGGUGCCGUCGACGGCGCUGCGCGAGAUCUCGGUGUUGCGCGAGCUGCAGCACCCGGCCGUGGUGCAGCUACUCGACGUGCUGCUCACCGAAAACAAGCUCUACCUAGUCUUUGAAUUUCUGCACAUGGAUCUCAAGCGGCUCAUGGACCUCACCAAGGGCCCCCUGAACCUCGAUCUCGCCAAGAGCUACCUGCGGCAGCUGCUGGAGGGCAUCGCGUACUGCCACGGGCGGCGCGUGCUGCACCGCGACCUGAAGCCGCAGAACCUGCUGGUGGACGCGGAAGGCCACAUCAAGCUGGCCGACUUCGGGCUGGCGCGCGCCUUCGCCAUCCCCGUGCGAGCGUACACGCACGAGGUCGUCACGCUGUGGUACCGCGCGCCCGAGAUCCUGCUCGGCGCCAAGUUCUACUCCACCGCCGUCGAUAUCUGGAGCCUCGCCUGCAUAUUCGCAGAGAUGGCGAGCGGGCGCACGCUGUUCCCGGGCGACAGCGAGAUCGACCAGCUGUUCCGCGUGUUCCGCGCGCUGGGCACGCCGGGCGGCGGCGUGUGGCCGGCGGCGCGGCGCCUGCCCGACUUCCGCGCGGCGUUCCCGCGCUGGCCGGCGCGGCCGGCGCGCGCGCUGCUGCCGGCCGGCGUGCGCGGCUCGCCGGCCGGCGCGCUGUUCGAGGGCAUGCUGCGCUACGAGCCCAGCCGCCGCCUGGCCGCGCGCGCCGCGCUCGCGCACCCGGCGCUGCGCGGCCUGCCGCUCGUGCGCCCGGCACUGUCCUCCCCGUCACACUAGCAACUAGCCUACACCGCGCUCGCUGCAAAUACACGCUUUCAACAUGUUUUGUAUCAUUCUUUAAACUUCUGUUGUUAACGAUAUAACGGAAAUUUUGUGAAACUACAAGCGUAGCGAGAUAGACAUGUUUUAUGUCACCUGAAAGUGAUUAGCUGCCGCCGGUGCCGCCGCUGCAGAGCGAUCGAGGAAUUCUUAAGAUAGGGACCUACCGAUUAGGCCGAGAGCUCGUCCCGUAGGUACUAGGUAACUAGUAGACAUACUUACCUCUUUAAUAAUUACAGUAUUAUAGCGACCGAUUAAAAAAUAUUACAAUUAAGUUUCCGACGGUCCAUAGAACUGUAAUUUCGCGUAGUGAUCAAAUUAAAAUAUUAGGUUAAGAGAUAGGAUCGGAGAAAUGGCGUCAUGAAAGCGGCCUCGACCAAUACUCGACUCGUCAUACAAUUAUCAAAAAAUACAAAGAGAUAACGUAUUUUCACUGCACACAAUACUGUGGAUAAAAAGUAACUCCGCUUCAAAAUGAAAUAGAAUAUGUUUCAUAUUAUACUAGCGAUCUGUCCCGGCUUCGCACGGGGACCAUGAAAGGACACUUUAGCUUAAUAUAAUUUUAGUUUAAUAGGCAAUAUUUUGCCUUACAUUGUUGUAAUUUUGGCAGGGUCCGUUUUUAAACAAUAUAUAACUUGUUUUUAGCUGAUAAUGUACUUUUCUAUAAGUAAAAAAAAAAAAAAAAAUGAAUAAUCAUUUGAGUAGUUUCUGUUUAUGCAUUACAUACAAACAUACUAAAAUGUAAUCUUUCCUCUUUAUAACAAUAUAAUAAUAAUGUAUUAUAUAAACUGGCUGUUGCCCGCGUUGUUCUUUUUUUUUAAUAGAUGAUAAUGAAAUGGUGGUGAAUGCCCGCGCUAACGGUAUACACCGGCGGGGCACCAGUGAGGGUGAAGCAGGUCAAUAAUCCCAUCGUGACAAAAUGCAACAAUAAAUCAAUCACGAUGCAGGGAACAGCGUCGAGAUGUCGACCUGAUAGGCUAUAUUGCUAGCAAUGGGGUUAUUAAGUUCAAUUGCUAACAAUCUCUCCUCCUUUGCUCGCGUGGUGUCGUGCGUGUUUCCCGUUAAUGUUGAAACCUCAACAUCUUGGCAGAUCCUCACGUUAUACAAUAGAUUGUGUUCCAAAUGUAAGCUCUGUUAGGCGCAGUAGUCGUCCCUGUGUAGUGCAGUACGAAAGAUUGCAUAACAACAAAUGCAAAGCAAUAGCAGUACGUUGUAUUAGAAAGGUUGUGAGUGCGCGCUCUGUUGCGUGAUGCACUUUGAAUUAUUUAUUUUUAAUCUUUCAUUGUCCUUGAGAUGUAUAGAACCGGAAAUUAAUAAAUAACGCAUAAUAGUCUGUCUGUAUAGUUGAGCGCUACUUCAGAACGCCCGUACAUAUUUGGCUAUAAUUUUAUUGUUGUUUGUAAUUGUCAGGAUAAGGUUUAUACCUAUAUAAAAAAAAAUGUGUGAAAAUAAAAAAAAAUCAUAUGGAAAAUUAAAAAAUGUAGGUUAAAGAAUUUCAAUAUAUAAAAGUGAAUGAGACAAGACAGCAGGAUUUUUUUUUAAUGUUGAAAAAUUUAUAUGUUGUCUCAUUUUCUUCAUUAGUUUAAAAUAAGUAAGGUAAAAUGUAAAUUUUCAUAUAGCUACAGUACGGCGGGGCGCCUCAGCAGUGGCAGGUUGAUGGGCCACGAUGAUUACACAUGUGCUAUUGAAGAAAUUAUGCAACAUGAAAAGCAUAUCAAAACUAAACGGAAUUUACUGUCACGUAAUCAUUAAAAGCACACCUCACGGCGGACAUGUCAUUGUAUUUAACGAGGUUUGUAACAAUAAACGGGUGAUGUACAACGACACUCGUUGUAUUGUAGUAGUUUUGUAUUUUAAAAUAUUGUUUAUUACAGUCAUGAUAUGAAUUGUUGGAAAUAACGCGAGCGAACGUAAACUUAUCUCUAUGAUCUCUUCCAGCGAAUGCAACACAGUGAGACAGGAGGACAGCUCUCGAGUAUUGUUAUAUGUGAUUUCAAUGAUAAUUAUUGUAAGUUCCGUUUACAAGUUGACUAGUAACCGUCGCCUGUGUCGCACGCGUCAUUCUAUAAGUAUUUCAGGGGUUCUCAAUAAAACAAAUUAUUCAAGUGCUAAUU